AUGAAAAAGCAGUUGCAUACGAAAGAAGUGAGUACUCUACAGCAGCUGGAAGAACAAACUAUCAACGCGAAAAAAUACAUUUGUCACUUCCACCAGAAUUCGGAAAGGAAUCAGGCAGACGUCGAAGAGAAGGAAGCAUUAGUUGCAAGUGUGAAGCAGCUCAUAGAAACUACUGAAAAGAAUCGCAAGUUGACAAAGGAGAACGAAAAAAUCCUCAAUCAGAGUCAUGUUUGGCAUGAGGAAAAAUCAAAUUUAGAAAAACAGGUGAAAGAAAGUAAUGCUCUUGUUGAAGCCUUGCAGAAUCAGUUGAAGGAGAAGUGCGCUAAGAUUGAGCUGCUUGAACUGCGAAUAACUGAUUUGUUGAAAAGCGUUACGGAGCAUCCUUCAGAAGAGGUGUUUGAAGCUUCCGAAGAGAUGCGUGUACUCAGUGGGAGUGUAGUGUUGACGAAGAAGAAAGAACUGAAAGAAGUACAAAUGUUACUGCAAGAAGUGGAAGAGCACAAUAGAUUUCUGGAUGCGGAAAACAAAGAACUACGUUGCAAACUGGAAAAUCUUCAUAGUGUAAUGGACGAAGUUGCUACGCUACGUGGACGACUCGAUAACUGCAACCAGAAAGUCACUUUCCUUGAAGGCGAAAAUUUGGGACUCCAGAAGGAGGAGGAAGAAUUAAUGAAAAAGGUCACGGCUAAGACCGAGGAAGCUACCGAGUUAAAGGAAAAGUGUGAGCGAUUGGACGGUGAAAUUGAGACUCUUCGUGGUGAAAACGCUGGCUUCAGCCAGCUCAGGCUGCAAAAUGAGAAGCUUGAGCGGUCCCUAGAGGAGCGUGAGCGGGACUUGGAUGAACUGAGAAGGAAUGAGUCCGAGCUGAAGUCUCGUAUUUCAUCUUGCAUGCGUGAAAUAGAAGAUUUGAAGUGUAAUGAUGCUAAGCUGAACUGCGUUGUCAAUGAAAAAGUGGAUGAAGCGGAUAAGUUAAGGGAAGAAUGUAAGAAACUUCGGGAGGUGAGCAGCAAGCUGACAGAGGAAAAUGUUUUUUCAUCGGUUCUGAGUGAGGAGUUGAGAAUGCGCCUAUCUCGCGCCAACGCAGAUUUGGACGAACUGCGCCUUUCUUUAGCUAAUGAAAAACAAGCUCGUGAAGCGGCUGAAGAAAAUCUACGACGUUGUUCGGAUCUGGAGAUGAAGUUAAGAGAACGAUCUGUUCGAGUGGACGAUCUUAUAACAGCUAAUGAAAAGAUGUCGCAGGAACUGGAAUAUCUCCGCCAGUUAAGAGAACGAUCUGUUCGAGUGGACGAUCUUAUAACAGCUAAUGAAAAGAUGUCGCAGGAACUGGAAUAUCUCCGCCAGGCAGCCGCAAACAGCAGUAGCAAAGAGGAGACACAACGGCUUUCUGAUGCUCUUAGGGAAUGUCGUGAAAAUCUUGAACGGGCGAUUGCUGAGAAGAAAGUUUUGAUGGAAAAAGAGGUCGCCAACGCUGAACAAAUUGCUAAAGUGGAGUCUCUGCGUUAUGAGUUAAAAUGUCGCGAUGAAAUUGUGGCUGACCUACGAUCCGUGGAAGCAAAGUUACAAGAUGCGUUGGUAGAAAAGUCUGCGGAGAUAACGAACCUUGGACAUCGGCUGGAUAAAAUUAAUGAUGAAUGUGACAGAGUGCGUGAGGACUUCCGCGUUUUUCAGGAGUUAGCAGAACAGCAAUAUUGUGAAAUGGUGGAAGAAAAGCGUGGACAGAUUGAUGCACUUUCAUAUCGCCUAGCUCAAUUGGAGUCUUAUCCAGUCAGUGAUGAAAGAACAGAAGGGUUUACUCGCUCGAUUUACGAUUAUAUUUCGCCGGCUGUUCGAGAGCUUGCAGAAAAGGCUGCUACUGAAUCGCCGUCUGUUGCUGAAGCUAUCAGAGAGAUGCGCGAAAUUUUCGUAGCCAUACCUACAGCACUGCCAACCGAUAACGAUGAUCGGCAAGGAAGUCCACCACUACCUCUUGAGAAGUGUAACGUAGAAACGCAAACAUCCGUUAAUCGUCUGGAGGAGGAGGAAGGCGAGCUUCCAAUAAGUCGAUUGAUUACAUCCGUCGAAAAUUUCCGCGAUCCUGACUCUUACCCUUCCUCGUCGUACAUGCAGGAUGAACUCAAACGACUGCUUACUUGUGCCAAGCGCGAGCAAAGAAGCACAGUGAUUGACACAGCUGUGGUGCAUUUUCUGAAGGAGUGCCAUCAGCAUUUUUCUGACGCUGCAGAACGUGCUAGGCAAGAGCUGAGGGCAAUAUGUGAUGAUAAAGAAAUCCUUGAAAAGAGGAUAAGCUCAGAAAAGCUGAAGUGGAACAUAGAGCGUGAGGAUUUGCAGCUGCAGUUAGAUCGUUUUCGUCGUCAAGCUGAUCAGGUCACGAGUGUUCAGAGAGAGAGAAUGAGCGUCAUGUCCGAGUUGAAUGCGGCGAAGAUACAGAUUGAGCAGUACAGAGUUAAGCUUCGGAAGCAGUCAGAAGAAAUGGAAGCAAUAUCUGCUGAAAGGGACAACGCCGCACAGCUCAUGAUAGAGUUCCAGAAGUUAGAUCAGGAAUCUCAGGAUGAGGUUAGAAAAGCCAACAGCAUAAUUGAUGAGCUCCAGAAAAACCUAGAGGACGCUCGUGCUGAUUUGGAAAAAGAAAAGCGUGAAGUUAUCUCCUUGAAGGACGAGAAUGACAAGUCUUUAAUCGCCAUCCAGUAUUUGAGAAACCAAGUAACAGAUCUAGAGCAAAGGGUGGUUGAUCUAGAAAGAAGAUGCGAAAAGCUUUUGAAAACAGAAAGAUACAACCAGAAGACUAUACAAAUUGUGUGCGAAAGUUUUUGGGAAAGAGAAGAGUUUGUUCAGCGGCUUAGGCGGAGAAGUUACGAAAGGAAGAUCGAAUCGUGGACUAAAGCCGAUGUUCGAGAUGAUAUGGAUCAUGACUCCAAGACUAGCGCCUUGAGGGCUACCGUAGAAAAGCUCGGUUCUGGGGAACAGUUUAAUGCAGCGCAUAAACGAAUGCUGAGCCGUAUUACGGAGAGGUCUUAA